AUGGCCCUGCCCUCGUCGAUCCUCUCGCUCUCGCCAAAGAAGACAAGAGCAGCACGAGCUGCUGUUGCCUGUGCAUGGCUGCACCUGUUGCUCUUGGCGUUGGUGCCGGUGCUGACAUGUGGUGUGCGGGCGCAAGGAAGCGUCACCCCCAAGGUUGACACAGCAAUACCGACGCCACCAAGGCACCCUUUUGCUGAGACUAAUGUACUGUGCUUGCCGGAGUCCCUGAAUCCGGAUUCGAUCGCAUCAUCUGCUGCGUCAAUCUUGCACGUUGGCUGUUCUGCGCACAGCACGCUGUGCCGCGAGGCCAAGGCUGAGCUGCGGCAACUGCUGCAACUCGUUCACGGUGCACCCCACGUUCACAACACGACUGACGUCGACGACAAGAGCGACAACAGGACGGGCGACGGGGCGUCUGACCCACCCCAACCGCAAGCAACUGCCACCGCGCUGCAACGUGCACUCACCUUCUUCUGUGACAGCGGCAGUGGAGGAGUUGACUCAGAUGAGCUUCAUCCUGUCAAGGAACAGCAAGCGCACCAAGCAACGCCACUUGCUGCAGACGUGCCAACGCCAAGAACGCCAAGCAACGGUGACUUCUUCGGUGAAUCCGCAGCAGAUCCUCCGCUGUCACGACCACCACCUGGCGUCCAGAAACACCAGCGAUCAGCUGCUCCGCGUGGACAGUCGCGGUCCAGGACCCGCCGGAACGAGAUCAACUUCGAUGCAGCGCACGCCGUGUGCACGUUGUCCAGUCUGCUUUUCCUCAACUGCACCUCGCCUCCCACUGCUGUUCCCACGAGUACGUUGGAAGUGAUUGUGGAUGCUGAUGAAGAGCUGGGCGCCCUCACCACGCAGCCUGACCCCGACUUCAACACCACCAUCGCCGCAGAAUACGUGCGGCAACAGACGGCAGCCUGGGAGCCACAGCGCCUUUUUGUCAGUGGGGCGGUGUACUUGGAGGAUUUGGUGUGGCUGCUCAACAGCGGCACGUGGGACAUCAUGGCCAACCUCAGGCUUACAGGGCUUCACAGGCCCACACUGUGUCUCAACAUCUUCAACCCUUUGGCACGCGUUCGCGACAUUCGCAUCUCGGACGGCCAUGUCAUUCGUCUCGCGCAACGCUGCAGCGACGAUGAGCCAACAUUCCAACCACUUCUUAAACAGCUUCGGGUGCACCGAAUGGGCAUCCGUGAGAUUGAAGACGGCACAUUCCGCGAUCUGGGUGCCUUGAACACAGUCGACUUGCAAGGCAACCAGCUGACCACGCUCACGGCUAGCACUCUGCUUGGGCUGAGGCACGUGGAUACCCUCACGCUGCGCGACAACCACAUCGGUGUCAUUGAGGACGGUGCGUUUGCUGGUAUGACCCAGCUGAGAAUCCUGAACUUGAUUGAGAAUGAUCUGACCAAACUGGCGGAGCAAACAUUCUCGCCGCUGAGCACGCUGCAUUCGUUGCACCUGGGCAGCAACCCAAUCGACACCUUGCCGCCACGUGUGUUUUCAUCCCAGACGCGGCUAAAGAUUCUUGCGAUGAACAACUGCAACCUUCAACGCCUGCCGCCCGCCUUGUUCCAGAACACAACGGUGCUGAGAGAGGUGCGCUUCGACAACAAUCAGCUCAGUCAGGUUCCAAACAGCCUCUUCCAUCCGCUGCGGCAGCUGGCGAGAUUGGAGCUGAACCACAACCGCCUGGCGCGCGUUGACGCCCUUUGGGCGGGAACACUUGAGACGCUGCUGCGGCUUCAGCUGGACAGCAAUGCUCUUACGGUCAUUGACCCGUCACUCGUGCCAUCUGCACCGAGGUUGACCAUUUUAAGCCUCCACCACAACGCGUUGGAUUCAUCCGUCCUGCUCUCGCUGCGCGACCAUGCGCAGCUGACCAGUGUCGUUGUGAGCUUCAACCGCAUCACCACUAUACCUGCAGGCGCGUUGCGCAACAUGACGCGGCUGGUGCACCUGUCGCUGACCGACAACUUCCUCACUGCGUUUCCGCCUCGAGAGCUGCCGUCCCUUCUGUCCCUUCACCUCAGGAACAAUCCCCUCACAGCCCAGCCAGAUGUGUCUGGGUAUCCACAGCUUGACGAAGUGGCACUCACCAACCACCGCAUUCCACAUCUGGAUGUGACGCCGCUCUUGCGGCUGACGCUGCUGCACAGGCUGGAGAUUGCGGCGGCCAGCGACGUACCCUUCGCUUCAGUUGCGUUGAGUGAUUUGGGCAGUCUGCCGGGCUUGAAGCAGCUCGUCGCUGUGGACAUGAGGAACAUGGACGUGACGCCUUUGCUCGGCCUGGUGCAGACUGCUACUGCAGGCACACUUGCGUUUCGCGAGCUUUCCCUUGGCUGGAGUGGCAUGGACGAAGUCUCCUUUCCCUUGGAGGACAUUUGCGCCCUCCUUCACGACAAUGUCAUCCGCUUUGAGCUGUCCAACACGGCAUUCACGCACGUGCGCCUGUGCGAUGGCGUGGCCUACGACGCCGUCUUCCUCCAAGACAACCUGCAGCUGCAGAGCGUGAGCAGUGUCGGCGGUGUGCAGCAGCUCAACGUGUCCGGGUGUCCACAUCUGCAGCAGCUGCAGGUGCCGUCAGCAGAGGUGCUGGACAUCAGUGGCACACGGGUGCCGCUGUUCCGUGGACUGUGCACGUCGCUUGGAACACGCACGGUUGUUGCACGCAACUGGCAGACUGGGGACUUGACAAACACAGCACGCUUGCGGCAGCUGCUAUCCCAGUGCUUGGCGUUUGGGGGUGUGGAUGUGCUGGACCUGAGCGACAAUGCGCAGCUCAAUCGACCCAGCGUCGUGAACAGUGUGCUGUCGGAGGUCGUUGUGUUGGGAGCAGAAGGCCUACACUUGACUCACGACUUUGCAUUUGUUCCUGGGCGACCGAGCAUUGGGCUUCUGCAGUUGGCCGACAACCCCAUCACGUGCCAGCUGCAGUUUGUCAAUGUGCAAACACGCAUUGCGCUCCAAAUCCGCCAUUUCCGGUCCCAAGAGCUGGGCUACUUCUACACGUGCCAGUGUGCGCAAGGGUACGAGCAUCGCGGUGGCCACUGUCGUGUGAUCGAGCGUGACAACACAGCAGCGGUGCUGGGCACGCUGGCGGGCUUGUUGGCGUUCCAGGGCAUCCUGUUCGCCGCGUACCGCACAUACACACGACAGCGACGCCUGCAGGCGGACAACGCGCUGAAGGAGCAGCUGCUGGUGGAGCGAGACGCGGAGGUGAUGGCACUGAAGAAGGUGUGGGAGAUCGAGUACGAUGAGCUGAGGAUGAUCAAACGGGUUGCUGCGGGUGCGUUUGGCGUGGUAUUCAAGGCACAAUGGGACACGGUGACGGUGGCAGUGAAGGUGCUGCAGCAAGGGGUGAUGAUGUUUGACGAGAGCACGGUGGUUGAGUUUGAGAAGGAGGUGGAGUUCUUGCAGCGGACACGGCAUCCACACGUGGUGCGGUUCUUUGGGGCGGGCACCGAUCCCAACGGCAGCCCAUUCCUUGUGCUGGAGUUUGUGGCGAUGGGGUCGCUCAAGGACUUGUUGGGCAAGGACAUGGCGCGGGUAUUGCAGGAGGUUGCAGAGAGGAACAAUGAUGAUGAUGCUGAAGGAGAAGAGAGGGAGGAGAAGGCAGAAGGGAUGGCGGGGGUGUGGGAGCUGAAGCUGCGGCUGUUGCGCGAUGUUGCGAGUGGGAUGGCCUUUAUCCACAGUUUGGAUCAAGUGCACAGGGAUCUGAAGAGCGGCAAUGUGCUGGUGUCAUCGCGACUGCGUGCCAAGAUCACGGAUUUCGGAUCCAUUCGCCAGUGCCUCGCGG